AGGCUUACCCCGAGGCGGCCUGCCCCGAGCGGGUCCCAGGCCUACACCCCCCUCCCACUCCGCCCUGGGCAGCCGCGCUAAAGCCCGGAGGCUCCCCGGUGGAGCUGCGUUCUCCUCUUGAGCUCUUAAAACAGCCGAAGGUGUUGAGUCCCCACAGGCGUCUUGGGCUAGGGGUUCGCCAUCCGGACAAGCCCCCAGACCAGACGGCGGCAUGGAGUCCCAGGGGGCUCAGGGGCCUCUGCCCUGCGGAGACCCCCCGCCAGCCGAGGAGCUGCUCGUCUCAGGGGGCCAAUGCACAGAGGGUGGCAGGGACGGCGGCCGCCUGUCGGGGACACCGAGCCUCGACGCUGAGCUCCAGGCCCCAGAAGAAGAGGCUGUUCCCCGGGAGAAGGAGGAGCUGCUAGAAUGCCGCCACCACCUCCCGCGUGCCUUUUCCCUGCCCACAGACCCGAUCUUGAGGGCGGCCAAGUUUCUGCAGCAGCGACAGCAGCUUGCCCUGGGGCUGGGCGCAGAGGGCGGCCGGAACGCCGAGGGCGCGCCACCCAGUCCCGGCGGCUGCUGCGCCAAGUGCAAGAAAAGGGUGCAGUUCGCGGACUCGCUGGGGCUGAGCCUGGCCAGCGUGAAGCACUUCAGCGAGGCCGAUGAGCCGCAGGUGCCGCCCGCAGUGCUCUCCCGCUUCCGCAGUUUCCCCAUGUGCGCCCAGGACCUGCAGCAGCUCCCCGACCUGUUGGCCGCGGCGGCGGCGGCCGCGCCCCCUUCCGCGCCUCCUCCGCGACUUCGGCCCCAGUUCGAGCUUCCCGGGCCGAGCGCCGCGGCCGAGCGCCUGCGGCGGCAGCGCGUGUGUUUGGAGCGCGUGCAGUGCUCGGCGCCCUGGGGCGCGGAGGUGACCGGCUCCGGCCGGGUGCUGGGCUGCCCCGGGCCCAGGGCCGUGGCGGUGCGCUACACCUUCACCGAGUGGCGCUCCUUCCUGGACGUGCCGGCCGAGCUGCAGCCGGAGCCAGUGGAGCCAAAGCCGCCAGGGGCACCGUCGGGGGAGUCCGGACCCGGGGAUGCCAAGGAGGAGCCCGGCACCCAGCGCUUCCACUUCUCGCUGUGCCUGCCCCCCGGCCUGCAUCCCACCGAGGGGGAGGACGCGGAAGCACCGGGAGUCGCGGUCCAUUUCGCCAUCUGCUACCGCUGCGCCCAAGGCGAGUACUGGGACAACAACGCCGGGGCCAACUACACGCUGCGCUACGCGCUUCCUGCGGACGCGCUGUGAGUCCGAGUCUUGGCUGGAGGUCAGCGCGCCCCAGAGCACUUCGAGGGAUCCUGGAAAGGGGGCCGCGUCUGGGUGACCUGGCCGGACGCUUUGCUCAGAGUUCACAAGGUGUGAGGGCAGCGGAGGAGGAAAGGAGGGAGCCACUCAACGGUAAACAGCACCCGGGAAGAUCCUGCGAGCAAGAAAGGGGAGCUCAGGCAAAGAACCCAACCACCCGGCCCGCCCGUUGUCUCAGCGCUUAGGUUUUCCUAGAUGGCCUCUAGAAUUUUCACCCGUCGUCAGAAAGGAAGGAAACCCUCCAGACUCUGAGCAGUAGCUGUCCCCAAGAAAGGUCUUCCGACUCUUGAGCACAGCUGUAAGGCCGUGGGAUUUGUUUUUAACUAUAGACGUCGUGUUUUAGCUUUUGCCGCUUCUCUUGGUGGAGAUCCUCAGGUCUGAACGAAGGGAGGAGCUUUCCUGCCCCAAACAAGGGUCCGCGCUGGCUUGGGGCCCCACACAGUAGCCUUGGCACUGCAGCCUUUUUCUUAGGGAAAACCGGGUGGGGCCUUGGCAGGGCUGUUCUUUUCUCUUAACUGGGAUCUGGGAGAUGUUUGCCCACACUUGACAUUAAUUACUUGUGCUUUUGUGCAUAAAUGUUCUGUAGAAGAGUAAAUCCUUUUGUAUACUUGUGCCCCUUUCUACGAUGUGCAUUGUAUUUCAGCUCUUGGGGGUUCGGGAGGUUUGGCAGUCAGGCAGUCUUCCUCAGCUGAUGUUAAUAGCACUUGAACAAUAGUUAAACAACAGUAUUUCCAAAUUUCCUUUCUUCUUCGAUUUCACUUCUCUGAUGUGGAAAGGCCCAGAUUUCCAACACUGGACAGAAAUGUUUCUUAACAAUGUUUUGUGGAAGGAGUACUAUUCCCAGCCACAGUAAGAUGCUUGGUGAAUUGAAAUGCCCGUGGGCCUUGACUGUGAGCCGCAAGAGCAGAUCACUGGUCCCCAGCCCCCUCUGUGUAGGCAGAGCACAGAACUCAUCUGCUAGACUUCUCUGGGGCACUGGCAGUCAGAGAAGCUGGACGUUUUGUGGCUGGACUCCAAGUGUGGGAGAUGGGUACUAGAAAGGUAGUUUUCUGUCCCACUUGGAGCAGUGGCCACUUGAUCACUGAUAAAGCAUGCCCAGCAAGGACAUGCCACUCAGAGCCUGCUGGGGAGUCUGCAUCUGGCAGGGUCUCUCGUCUGCUGUCCUCACUCAUUGCCAAUGGCUGUGGAUGCUGAGAUACGAUAGCUGGCCACACGUGAGCAGGGUGCGUGAGCAUUGAGGGUGAAGACUCGUUAUCUUCACCCCUUGGCCAUCCCUUGGUAAUGUGUCUUUCUUUAGUUUUUGUAUUAUGCAGUACAUGGCUCGUACAGUCAUUUUGUGAUGGUAAUCUUCAAGGUGGGGCCAUCUCACAGUUGCUCUGCAGGGACCAUAGUAGGCAUACCAGACACAGCUCAUGGGCCUAAUUCAGCAUAAGCCUGUUCUUGUAGGGUCUGAGAGCUAAGGAUGGUUUUUACAUUUUUAAACAGUUGAAAAAUUCAAAAGAAAAGUGCUGUUUUGUGACACAUGAGAAUUGUAUGAAAUUCAAAUUUUAGUGUCCAUAAAUAAAGCUUUAUUGGAACACAGCCAUGCACAUUUAUUUACAUAGUAUCUAUGGCUGCUUUCCUGCUAUGAGAACAGAGUUGAGUAGAUGCAACAGAAACCAUAUGGCAAAAUCUAAAAUAUUUACUUUCUGGACUUUUAUAGAAAGUUUGCCAACCCCUGCUCUAGAGUAGUAUUUUUUUAAACACUAUAUGCUGAGAGUUAAACUUAAAAAAGCAGUUACACUUAACCAGUAAAAUUGGCCACUUGAAAUAAACCUCCUUUGGAUAAAAGUAAAACUGUUUACAUGACUCUCAGUAAUCUUGAUUAGAAUAAACACUUAAGACACCAGAUCUACAGUUAUUACUGCACUGGGGAGGGUUAUCUACUUGUUACAUUUUUUUCAUCUAAGAGAUAAUGACAAAUCAGUGCAAAUGAAAUACAGCUCCCAUCUGAAUUAACAUCAAGAUACAAAAACUGCCAGAUAGUUCCAUGCCUCCAAAUGGGAUGUCUUAAUAGGUAAAUGGAUUCUUAAGAAUGUAUAACAGAUUUUCUAUUUUUAUAAAAACUAUUAUUGAUUUUCAAAGUAUAUUUUGGAAUUCAGACAAUUUUUAAAGUACUUAUUUUAUAAUAUAAUGAAUGUUAAACAUGGCUAUUAGGGAAGGAAGUCUAGCUUUGUUCUCCUAUAAAUCUUGGAGAAUAUCUCCAAGGUUCAGAAUUUUGUUAAAUAUUUGGAAAAGCCCAGUCUUUCACAAUACUAGAAUUGCCAAUCUUCUAAGCAUUAAUUUCAUUUUAUAAAGUGCCAACUUUUCACUGUAUGCUGAUGGCAAACAUUUUUCAAAGAAAUGUAAGGAAGUUAAAAUAGGUUUUGCUUUUGAAAAGUUAAUUUCAAGGGAGGGGGCAAUCCUGACCAGAGAGUGAGAAAGUAUUGAAGAACUGAAGAAUGUUACGUGUUUACACACUCAUCCUCAAAGCAAAAUUCCAACAGUUCCACUGUUGUUUUUUUGCAGUAAUAUUUAUGUCAACUUGAGUAAGUGGGGGUCAUUCUGGUUGAAAUGCUGAAAUGCUUGGUCCAGCACCAGUGAUCACAACUCAGUUCUGCACAGCUCAUUUAGUGCUGCCAACCUUCACCAGAGAUACUGCAGCUUCUUCCUCAUGGGCAGGUGGGUCCAUGGAUCCCCAGGUCAGGGAAUGUAGGCUGCAAUGUGUAUCCCUAUCUAGAGCUUCAGAAGCAGUAGUUGGAAAUGUGGCUCUCUGUUUGGCACUGUUUCCUGAAAUAAACCUGGGGUUUACCUAGCAGAAGGUGACCAGGGAGUUUCAAGACCUAACUCAGGAUUCUGCUCCAAGGUAUGGGUACUAGACUGUGAGCCCACCCAGCUCUGGGGACACUGAGGCAUCACUGUCCACGGGCUGCAGGGCCACAGCUCCUGCAGCCCUGGGAGUGAGGCAGUUGUCAUCCAUGAACCUUGGCCAGAGGGGCAGGGGAAACUUCUCCUGUCAGAUGCUUAAUGGUGUUCCAUCCAUCCUAUCCAAUCCUCCCUCACCUGCUGUGCCCAUCCUCCACCUUGACCGCAGUGACACUGUGGUCCUUGAGCCUGUUCCCCAAUGUCAGUUCACAGCAAAGUAGAACCUUCUAACUUCAGUUUUGGAGUUUUAGUGCUGGUCUCUUUGUACAUUAGUUGCCCAUAUUUCUUUUUUCUAGCAUAGCAGUUUUUGCAUAUAUUAGUAUGCUAAGUUUUUUCAUUCCCUGACUCAGUCUUGUGGCUUGUAUGAGCUUGUGACUUGGAGCUGUUGGGGUAUUGUGAUCUGUGUGGUGUGUGCCAUGAGGCGUUCAAGGAACAGCUUUCAUUGUGCUUUCUUGUGGCAUAGAACUGAAUCAAAUGUGUAUUUUUGGUGUGUGCAAUGGGACACAGCUUUGUAGGUUAAACGAGGGCUCUGUAGUGCUAAUUUAACAAGUGGUCCUGACAAACAGUGAGCUGUUUGCAGUUCAGCUUUUGCCCAGACAAUCCCCAGUUGCCAGGGCCUGGAUGGUCUUCCAGGGAUCUGGGCUGUACUCUUUGCUGUCACAGGGCCAAGGGGCUGGGAACAGGGUGGGAGUCUGACAACCUGGGCUCAGCCCAGUGACCCCACCUUUCCUCCUACAGAGCAGUACUGGCCAUCAUGCAGAUAAGCCUGCUGGGAGAGGCUGUACCGGGUUCUCCUCUACACUUCGUAAUAGACACAUUCCAUUAGGUGACCUGCUGUGCUUUCAUGUUCCUUUCUGGACUCUGUUAGCUGACUGGGGAGACUCUGAAUGUAGCCCUUAAUCCUUCAGUGGCUGGUGUUCGAGUGCUACAUACCAUAGCCUUAGGCUCAUAUGAUUUAAAACUCCUAUGAAUUGUCUUGGUCGAUUUUGUAUUUGUAUUUUGUGGACCUUGGUUGUGUGUGGGCAGACCACUUUUGGCAAGGAGAGAACAGAGUCAUGUUCAGCUGAAUGUAGGUUUUUAGAUUGUAGAGAUCAAGGGCUUACUUUUGAGAUGUGCUAGUGAGAUUUGCCUAGGGAAUCUGCUAGAAUAGUAGAGGUCCAUUUAAGUCAUGAGUUCAGAGCCAAUUCAACAAGGAUAUCUACGUGUGUACAUGGUAAAGCAAAGAUAUUUUGGAGUAAUUUAGACCCGUAUAAUUUCCCCAUGAUUGUAUUUACUCAUCCCAUUCAUAUUGUUGACAUUGCCCAGGUGCUUUGAAACUUGGUACCUGAAAUCAUUUCCCAAGGAGAGUCAGUAGCAUCCUAAUGUAUCCUGAAAUGAGAAAUUCCAUCUGAAGACCUGAACUGAAUAAAGACUGAAAGCAAGUGGAUUUCGUGAACAAAGCUUGAAACAUUUUAUCUCCAAGUUGAAAAAUUCAUGAGCACAUCCUGCUUUGCAAAUAGCUACACCUGUGUUCUACUGAGGACCAUCCACACUUAAACAGUCUGUAAAGGGGCCACCUGGCGGUGCUCUUUAGAGGCUCUGUGGUCCCAGACCUUCUCUUGGUGCUUCUGGGUGAAGCACCCUUGUCAUCAGGACGCUGUUCUGAUACAGCUGAUGUGGCAUGUUUUUGUACCCGAAGUAGGUGAAAAAGGUUACUACUUCUCAGAGGGGUUUUUCCCUAAUCUUUACAUUAUUUGGUAAGAAAUGAGUUUAUACUUAGAACCACUUUAAAUAGUCCAGACCAUUCCCUCUGUAUGUUCCUUUCAGUCUGGCUUAGGAGCAGUUUCGUUUUUAUGCAUAAACUUCAGGCACGUUGUUAUUACAUUUUUCAGCCCCAAAGCCCCAAAACCUGUGCGUCACCCAUGUUGCAAUUAUGUGCAGCUCAGCACGAGAUCACUGAGCUCUAUUUGUUGUGUUAGGGUUGUACAUUUAUAAAUCUAACUUAUAUUUACAGGCCCCUGGGAUAUCCAUGAAUUGAUAUUAAAUGGGUUUAAUAACAAUUUUAACUUCAAAAUGGGUUGUAAAGGCAUUGAGUUCUGAGGUUAGGGGUCUGCCCUGCCCGGGACAACCCACCAUUAUCUAGAGCCGGUGAAGGUGAAGGGGACAGACCACCCACUGUGGGCCUGCUGUGGGCUUGGGUUUGUCCUCCCACAGCACUGUAGUAUCUGGCCUGGGCAGAAGGGUGCUGACAGCCUCAGGUUGUAGGCACAGCUUUUUGACUCUGCCACAUCCAGUUGGGUCAAAAGGUCUUACAAAUGGAGUCUUCACCCUCCAGAUGAAUUAGUCACAGCCAAGGGCUUCGAAAAUGGCUCAGUAAACUUCCCUGUUGGCACCUGUGUAAGAAGCAUUGGCCGCUGCGUGUGGUAAGUCACCUGACAGCAGAACUUGGAUUUGAGGCCAGGAGACAGAACUCACCACGGAACGGCUCCCUCCGUGAGCCACACAGACCUAUGCGUGUGUUAGCCCAGUGCCCGGUGAUGUUAAGGUCGAUGCCGCUGUGAGGUCACUGGGAUGCCCAGGUCAUUCCGGUGCCUGAAAAUGCAGCAUAGUCAGCAGGACAUGUGCCUGAACCCCCCGAGCUUUCUGGGGAUGCUGCCUGUACAGGACUCUGACUCGCUGAAGGCAGUUGAUGAGGCCCCCAGCCCUGUCUGGGGGAUGGGGAGGUACUGAGCUGGAGCAAAGAUGACCUGGCCUCCUGUUGGCACAGUGGCUGCCUCUGUGGCUAAAAGCAUAUGGGGCCGAGAGCUCCUUUAUCAGCGCGACAGCAGCUGCAAGAGCAGACCGCUAUUUCAGACAGUGUGUGUUUCUGGGAUUACAUGGGAUUUUUUACAGUUCCUUCUAAUGAUGUGAGGAAAAAUAACCUCAUUAACCUCUGUUUUAAGAUUUGCUUGAGAAAUGUACCCCGUGGAGUGUUUGAGAUGAGUGACAUGUUUCUGUGAAUGGGAUUUCUGAUAGUGUUCAUUUAAACUGAGAACUACUAUAGUCAAAACCAGCGCUGGUGUGUCUUGAUUUUUAAAAGGAGAGUUAUAGAUAUAUCUUUGUGGUUUGAAAAUGUGUUUUCAGUUCUGAGGAUUUUAAAAAUAACUUUGCUGCUCUGCUGUAUGGUUAUUUUUCUGUGUGUGUUACAUCUAAAAAAAUGCUGAACCCAAAGUCCUGUUCUGAAUAAAGAAUGUAAAGCAGUUUGACACUUUAA